AUGUUCAGGGUCUGCCCGGGCCGCGGCUGUCCCAGCUCACACGCUCUGUUUGCUCGCCAGGAGCUGGAGCAGCAGCUCAUGAUGGAGAAGAGAAACUACCGGAAGACUCUCAAGUUCUACCAGAAGCUCUUGCAGAAGGAAAAGCGGAAUAAAGGCUCCGAGGUGAAGACCAUGCUGUCCAAGCUGAGAGGGCAGCUGGAGGAGAUGAAGUCCAAGGUGCGGUUCCUCGGCCUGGUCAAGAAGUAUCUGCAGGUCAUGUAUGCGGAGCGCUGGGGCCUGGAGCCCUGCGCCCUGCCGGUGAUCGUGAACAUCACGGCAGCCCACUGCGACACGCUGGACUUCAGCCCCCUGGACGAGUCCUCCUCCCUGAUAUUCUACAACGUCAACAAGCACCCGUGCAGCGGCCGGCAGAAGGCCCGUAUCCUGCAGGCCGGCACGCCGCUGGGGCUCAUGGCCUACCUGUAUUCCAGGUGCGCUGCCCAGGGGCCCUGUUCCCCUCCAACCCCGCCCACCGGCCUUCUGUGAGCAAAAGGGGAAAAAAGCCUAUUCCA